AUGGCAGAUACAGCGGAAGUAGAAGUCGACAACCCUGAGCUCCAAUCUGUGACGCGUUACCUUAUUCGUCAGCCGCGCGCACUGCAGUGGUUCGAACACGGCAAAUUGGUUAAGCGGCAUGAGGGAGAACGACAGGCAGGUCGAUUUGAACUUUUCCUGGAUCUGCUUUACGUGGCAAUCCUAUCAAAUUUCGCCGACACUCUCGUCGAGGACAUUUCCGGCGCAAAGCUCGCCAAGUACAUUCUAAUUCUAGCACCAUCAUGGCACGUCUGGAGUGAUCUCCGCGAAGUAAUGAACUCAUUCUACAACGACGACCUCCUCCAGCGCGUCCUAAUCCUCUGGAUCAUGGCCCUAAUGGUCGUAUACGGUAACAACGCACCGCUAGUCGACGACGACAUCAGCGCAAUGCGCGCCGCCGUCGGCUCAUACAUGGCCGCCCGCCUCUCACUCGGCUGCAUGCACCUCUUCAAUUCCAUCGCAAGCUACCAGCACCGCCCCCAGCAACGGCUCUGGCUCGGCCUCUCAAUCCUCACGCUGGCCGUGUACAUCCCACUAUAUUUCGAAUCGGUCUCGCUCCGCGGAAAGGUCGCCGCUGCCGCCGUGGCCGUCGUCCUCGAGGAAGUCGCUUGGGUGUUCACUUACUCGCCUGCUGCGAAACGGAUGCUGAAGGUCAAGUACUCGACUGCUGUGGAUAUUCCGCAUGAGGCGGACCGCUUCGCGGCGUUUUAUAUUAUUGCGCUGGGCGAGUUCUUGUACCUUAUUAUUGUGGGCAAUCAUGCGGCUGUUGGCCUGAAUGAGCGGUUGCUGCGCGCGAUCUGGACGUUGGUUAUUGCGUUUUGUUUGAAUUGGUUGUAUGUUCAUGCGGAUGGGUCGCUGCAUUCGGCGCAUCCGUUGACGCAUAAUAUUUAUACGGCGUUUGCGUUUGCUUUGGUUCAUUUACCGCUUAUUGCCAGUCUUUUGGCGGGUGGGCAUGUUGCUGCUGCUUCGGUUGAGGAGGUGGACUUUGAGGAUGCGCAGCGGUGGUUGCUUUGUGGGGGGUUGGGGGUUGGGAUGCUUUGUUUGUAUGUUUUUGCGUUGCUGCAUGGGUCCAGGGAUGGGAAUGGCGCUUUGUGCGUAAAUAAGCCGGUUCGCUUGAUGAUGAGACCAGUUACCGCGAUCAUUAUUAUCCUACUGCCUCUUGCACGCCAUCUUGGCGCGACGUCUAUUCUUUCCAUUAUUAUGGCGCUGUUCGUGUUUUGCACGAUUUGGGAGAGCGUUACUUCUCUGAAAGGUGGAGCCCAUUUCUGGGAGCCUUGGACGGAGACGGAUUAUCCAGAUGACUGUCGCAGAAAUGAUGGCCACAUUGAUGAGGAGUCCAAGCAUAACAUUGAGACUGCGACUGAGUAG